AUGCGUCUCGUCCUGCUUAUGAUAGGCGCGGUCGUUGCGCAAGGCCGGCCCGCAAAAUUCGACGAGGACGACCCUCAGUGGAAUGAAGACGCUGACGAGCAGUUCUGGCUCGAGAAGGCGCAUAAGGCGGCGUUGCACAUAGACGACAACUUUGCCGCCAGUUACGACGCCCGCGCUUCGGCGUUAUCGCAAGCUGCCUCCGACCGGCGGCGGUGGCGGCGGGCCGGGUCCCCGCCCGGGUGGGGGCGCAUCGACGGCAUCGUGAAGGUGCCGUUGACAUCAUCACCGGGGCCGGGGCCGGAUGCUACGCCUUCCGGCCCUUCCCCCGAGGGCGACGGUCGACCGCGACCUCAUCACCGGCGCCACGCCUCGCGGCAGGCGACGAGGCAAAAUUGGCCCUUUGGCGGCGCAGGCCAAGAAUUUGUACGCAGAGGUGAUGAAUUCCAUUGGGAGGCCCCUUUCCACUUGAGACGGAGGCGCGCGGCGGCCGCGGACGUCGUCGUCGCGUGCCUCGGCGACAGCAUAACGAAAGGCGCGGACGACUUAAAUUACCCGCUGCUCAUGCAGCGCGACGAGCUCGGCGACGCGUGGCGCGUCGCGAACUACGGCGUCUCCGGCGCGUCGCUGAAACGCGGCGAGACCGGUGUUGGGAAGCCGUACGUCGACGAAGCGGAGUAUGCGACUUUCGCGGACGACGGCGCGGACGUCGUGAUUAUUUUGCUAAGGGAUAAGCUAACAUGGGCCGGCCGGAGGCGGAUGUGUGGCGGCCAUUGGCGAUUUCCGUACUUGGGAACGGAUUAUCCGCGGCAAAACACCACGAGGAAGCGUUGACCGUGAAAGAGGCCGAGUUGUCUAUGCUGCGGCGCCUUGGCAGACCAGAAAGCAGCAUUCUCAUCGCACAGACCAAUCUUGCGAACACGUAUGGAGCGCUGGGACGGCUUGAAGAGGCCUACAGCAUGCUACGAGACGUAUACUUCGGACAUGCGAAGCUCAAUGGCGAGGAACAUGAGAAAGCCCUCGUGGCUGCCAACAACUGCGCGGCGUCGUUACAAUGUCUAUCGCGCUUCGAAGAAGCCAAGUCUUUGCUCCGAAGAACGAUGCCCGUGGCGCGACGUGUCCUCGGG